ACGCGCCGGGGGCUGCGGGGUUGCGAGAGGGAACCCCUGUCCUCACAGCCACAGCCGCGGCCGCAGCUGGGGUCGCCGCCUCCACACCCGCGCGAAGUCGCAGCGCCCCGGCCCCGCCAGCCUUUGCUGAGGGCGCGCACAUGGCGACCCAGACGCACUCCCUCAGCUACGCGGGCUGCAACUUCUUGCGCCAGCGUCUGGUCUUGUCCACCCUGAGCGGGCGCCCAGUCAAAAUCCGAAAAAUUCGGGCUAGAGACGACAACCCGGGCCUCCGAGAUUUUGAAGCCAGCUUCAUAAGGCUAUUGGACAAAAUAACUAAUGGUUCUCGAAUUGAAAUAAACCAAACAGGAACGACUUUAUAUUAUCAGCCUGGUCUCCUUUAUGGUGGAUCCGUGGAACAUGACUGUAGUAUUCUUCGUGGUAUUGGCUAUUACCUGGAAAGUCUUCUGUGCCUGGCUCCAUUUAUGAAGCACCCACUAAGAAUAGUUCUACGAGGAGUGACCAAUGACCAGGUUGACCCUUCGGUUGACGUUCUCAAGGCAACAGCCCUUCCUCUCUUGAAACAGUUUGGGAUUGAUGGUGAAUCAUUUGAGCUAAAGAUUGUGCGACGGGGAAUGCCUCCUGGGGGAGGAGGUGAGGUGUUCUUCUCAUGUCCCAUAAGAAAGUUCCUGAAACCUGUUCAACUCACAGAUCCAGGAAAAAUCAAACGAAUCAGAGGAAUGGCGUACUCUGUACGUGUAUCACCUCAGAUGGCUAACCGGAUUGUGGAUUCUGCAAGGAGCAUCCUCAACAAGUUUAUACCCGAUAUCUAUAUUUACACAGACCACAUGAAAGGAGUCAACUCCGGAAAGUCUCCAGGUUUUGGAUUGUCGCUGGUUGCUGAGACCACCAAUGGCACCUUCCUCAGUGCUGAACUGGCUUCCAACCCUCAGGGCCAAGGAACAGCAGUGCUUCCAGAGGACCUUGGCAGGAACUGUGCUAAGCUCCUGCUUGAAGAAAUCUAUAGGGGUGGAUGUGUGGACUCGACCAAUCAGAGCCUGGCUCUUUUGCUCAUGACCCUUGGACAGCAGGAUGUUUCCAAAGUCCUGCUAGGACCACUCUCUCCCUACACAGCAUCUUGCCUGGAUUGGAGCUGGAUUGGAGCCAGAUAUUGAUUUGCAAAAAGGCCAAGAGCCUCCUGGAACAGAAGACUUGGAUCCUGACCACCAUUGCUUCAGACACCUUAAUAUACUGAAGAUAUCUAUAUAAAGUCAGACAGCAGAGAAAUGAGUGGGGCACUUGAGAGCAUACGUGCUCUAAGAGAGAAAAGAGUCUGCCAUAGCGAGGCAAGUCCAGUAGCAAGACCAUAAUGUUUUAUGGAGUGGUUACCCCUGGUGUACCACAGGGACUGCUACCAAAAUUCAUCUUGGUGGUUGGUAAGGGCCCCCAGUAAAAUGUUUUUGUCUAAGUUAAAGGUAAGCUGUCCAGAGCAAUUUGUGGAUAAACCAACUUUUCUACAGAACAUCUGUAACCCCCUCUCAUUUUUCUAGUUUUAGAUGAAAAACUAUCACACAGGAUGGUGUGAACUGGGUCAACUGUAAUUGCCUAAAUUGUCAAUAAAGUGCAAAUGAUUGAGCUGGACUCA